AUGGACGAAAUUUCACAACAUGCAUCUGCUGAUAAAAUUGGAGUGACUGUAGUCUUUGAUGGCUGGACAAACAUCAAGCGGGAGCAUCUUUUUGGUGUCGUCUUUAUUACUUCUCAGGGUAUAAUGGAUGAUGUCGAAGAAAAAGACAUAAAAAUUAAUUGUUAUGUAUCAGAUUCUGCUGGUAAGUAUGCAGCUGUAAGACAACAACUACGAAUUGAAUAUCCGAAUAAAGUUUUCAUACCUUGUAUGGCACAUCAAAUCAACUUAAUUUUCGGUGAUAUUUUCAAGGAAUCUGAUGCAUACAAAACAACAUCAAAAAACGCAAUACAUAUUGUAAGCUAUUUUCAUUCCUCUCCAUAUUUUACCGGAUUAUUACGAAAUGAGCAAAUGUCAUGCUAUAAACAAACGAUUUCUCUUGCCACUCCGGCUGAAACACGUUGGAACAGUUUCUAUUUUUGUUUUCAUUCUGUUUUAAAGACUGAAGCCGCACUCAAAAUAUUAGCUACAAAAUUUUCACCAGAAAGAAUUGGUACAGCUAGUACUUCUCGAAGUGGACAAAUACGACAACAAUUUUCAACAAAUACAGAUACAAAUAAAACUCUUUCAUCUGAUAUUGAAACAUACAAUCAAUUUGAUGAAGAUAUUAUUGAUUUUUGGGAGUCAGCAAGAGGUUUAACACCAGAAUUUGAUGAAACUACAUCACAAGAAGAAUUAAUAGAAUUACUUUCACCUAAUGUAAGUGAUAAUGAAGAAGAAAAUUCAACAUCAUCUUUAAAUGAUUUAUCGAUUCAAGCAAGUGAAACUUCUGAAAAAACUGAUGAUGAUAUUGAAAUAUUUAAUGAAGAGCAUUGGUUACAUGUUAUUGAGAAUUGGAUAAGUAUAUUGAAUAUUGAAAAUCAUUUAGAUAAUGGUGAAAUUGUAAAUAGUGAACCAUCUGAAUUUGAAUUUGAAUUGGGUGGACAUAUUAUUCAUCUAGCAGAUGAUCCAUUAGCAAAAUGGAAUUUGUUAGGAUUAUUCAAUGAUUCAUUAGAAGCUCCUGUUGCUUUUACUCUUUAA